AUGCCCAUGGAUUUAGACAAUGGGUAUGCUUACCCGUCCGCCGAUGGAGAAUCGUCCCCCCAGAAUGCGCCAGAGGAGAGAUCAAUGCAGAUUGCAAUUGUUGGAAUGGCAUGCCGCCUCCCGGAGUAUGUUUCGAACAUGGGAAAGUUCUGGGAUCUCUGCCUCAAAGCUCGAAAUACUUGGUCGGAGGUUCCCAAGGAUAGGUUUUCGCAGGAGACAUUCUAUCAUCCAAAUCCCGACAAAACAAAUUGCUGGUACUCGAAAGGCGGUCACUUCCUUUCCGAAGAUCUCUCACGCUUCGAUGCCCACUUUUUCAGUAUUACAGCCCAGGAAGCCAAGUCGAUGGACCCGCAACAGCGUCUCCUGAUGGAGUGCGCUUAUGAGGCGAUGGAGAACGCCGGCAUUCCUUUCCAGUCGCUAGUUGGCCGGGCUGUGGGGGUUUUCGUUGGAGGCUCUCAGUCCGACUAUAGCAAGCUCAUGAUGAAAGAUACCGAAACAAUGCCCACCUUUCUUGAGACUGGAAACCAGGACGCAAUCUUAUCGGCAAGGCUAUCAUACUUUUUCAAUUUAUGCGGGCCUUGCUUCACCGCUGAUACUGCUUGUUCGUCGAGCUUGACCGCCUUCCACCUCGCGUGCCAAAGUUUACGCACCGGGGAAUCCAAACAAGCUAUUGUUGGCGGCUCGCAUCUGAACCUCCUACCGGACUUGCUCAUCGCAAAGUCUAAUAUCAGGCUACUUUCGCCAGAAGGAAAGUCCUUCGCUUUUGACGAUCGAUCCGAUGGCUACGGCCCCGGCGAGGGUGCCGGCAUUGCUAUCCUGAAGCCUCUCAAGGAUGCGAUUAGAGACGGAGAUCCUAUUCGAGCGGUGGUGCGUAAUUCUGGUAUCAAUCAGGAUGGUCGAACCAAUGGCAUGACAAUGCCUAGCGAAGAAGCCCAAGCAGCCCUGGCUCGCGCGACUUACGAAAAUGUUGGUCUGGAUCCUGCUGAAACUACCUAUGUCGAGGCUCAUGGCACUGGAACCGCCAUCGGAGAUCCUAUUGAGACACGCGUGAUCGAAGCUGUGCUUGGCAAAAAUAGAUCUAUUGAAAACCCCCUCUAUCUUGGCUCCGUCAAAACCAAUGUCGGCCAUCUAGAAGGAGCGUCGGGAAUCGUGGCGAUCAUCAAAGCAGCGAUGAUGCUUGAGAGGGGAAUCAUCUUGCCCAACUCUGGGUUUGUAAAAGCCAAUCCCAAUAUUCCUGCACUUGGCAAAAGCCUGGUGGUAGCUACUCAACCGCUUCCCUGGCCAGAGACGUCCGUACGCAGGGCCUCUGUGAGCAACUUUGGUUUUGGAGGGUCAAACGCCCAUGUCAUUUUGGAGGAGAGCCCGUAUCUUCGAAGACAGCGCCUAAAACAACUGACCAACGGUGAACCCCAUGGCUCUCAGGCACAUACCAUUGGAGUUGAAUCCCAUACAAAUGGUGUGUUGGAAGAAACUAAUAGAAUUGAACCCCACAAAAUGGGUGGGUUGAAAGAAGAAGCGAUCAACAGCGCAGCCCCUGGCUCUCAGGAACAUACCAAUGGAACUGAACUCCAUACAGAUAAUGUGUUGAAAGAAGAGGUGAUCAACAACGAAGCCCAUGGCUCUCAGGAACAUACCAGUGGGAUUGAACCCCACACAGAUAAUGUGUUGAAAGAAGAGGUGAUCAACAACGAAGCCCAUGGCUCUCAGGAACAUACCAAUGGAAUGAAACCCCAUACAAACACUGUGUUGAAAGAAGAGGUGAUUGAUACUGCACCCGAAAUGCCAGCUAGGUUGUUUCUCUUGGCAGCGUAUGACAAAGCGUCGUUGGAUCAUCAAGCAAUCAGACUGAAGGAAUAUUUAAGCUCGCACCUCGACGACAAAGAUGAUGACCUCUUGAGUGACCUCGCCUUUACUCUAGGCCAACGACGAUCCUUACUUCCAUGGAAGGCUACGUAUGUGGCGGACUCAGCGGGCAACCUGAUCGAAAAGCUCAACAAGCCAGACCUCGCUCCAUUGCGUUCUAAGAAGGUACCGCAAGUCGGAUUCGUCUUCACGGGCCAAGGAGCACAAUGGUACGGAAUGGGACGUGAGCUUCUCACCUCGAAUCCCGUCUAUGCUUCUGCCAUCGAUGCGGCAGCGACUUCUAUCCUCAAGUUCGGGGCGUCCUACAACCUGCGGGAUGAGAUUUUGAAGGACGCCAAAUCAUCACGCCUUGGACAAGCGUCCAUCAGCCAGCCAGCCUGCACAGCGAUACAGAUUGCGCUAGUGCUUGUGCUACGGUCUUGGGGCGUGCAGCCGACCACCGUGACCGGCCAUUCAAGUGGAGAGAUCGCGGCAGCUUUUGCCGCUGGCGCUUUGUCUUUAGAAUCCUGCAUGGCAAUUGCAUUUCAUCGUGGAGAGGCCGCUGCUCGUUUACAUAAGGAACAUCCUGAGAUCAGGGGAGGCAUGUUAGCACUCGGGACCAGUGAGGUUGCUGCGACCUCUUUGAUCAAUGAACUAGGCCUCGCUGGUAGCGUUGUUGUUGCCUGUGUCAACAGUCCUUCCAGCGUCACUAUCUCGGGAGAUGCAACCGCGAUUGAUCGCCUACAUGGCGAAGCUGCGGAAAGGGUCUCUCUUCAGCCGAAAACUUCAUGUUGA